AUGGACAUCAACGAAAUCAUCAACAAGGGGCUGAACGAGAUAGCCAGUGGGUUUUUGUCCUUCACUGCCAGCUGGCGUCGAGCUGGGGCGAUGGUUUCUCGAGAGAGGAACUUUGACUCUAGGCUUGCCCAGGCCACGCAAGCACUCGAGGAUGAGAAGGCUAAGCUGCUCGAGGAGAACAGGGAGCUAGUUAAGCUGAACGAGCAGCUAUGCGAGGACCAAUCCACUCUGACCCGAGAGCUUCAGGAGAGCGAAGCGGCCCGGAACAAAGCCAUCGACGAGCGGCACGAAUGGAAGGAGAACUGCAAACUCAACACCCAAGAGUGCAAGCAGCUCACACUCGACUUGACCGCCAGCAGGGAUGAGGUAAAGAAGCUUGAGGAACGGGUGCGCGAACUCGAGGAGGACAGAGUUAAAACUCUGAAGAAGUAUAAGGAAGCCGCCUUCCUCAGCUUCUACGACCUCUGGAAGCACAAUCGGGAGGCAGACAUUAGCUAUCUCUCCGAGCAGUUGCAAGAGACGCUGAUGACGCAGUGUGUUGCUCGGCUGGAAGCAGAAGAGAAAGCCAAGGCCGCCAAGGCCCAAACUCCUGCUGCUGUGGCUAAACCUCCGGCUGGUCCAAACGCUCCUCAUCCAGAAGGCCCUCCUGCCCCCCAGCAAAAUUAA